GCAGCUGCCAGAAAAUUUGUUUAUUUAAGGAAACACUUUUUACAGUGUAGCCCGCCUUCCUGUUAAGCUACGGUUACUAUAUGGCAAUAACUACACUUUGUGAAUGAGUACCCGCGAAACCAAGUUCCAACGAAAGGGCUUUCGGACGGCUAACAGAGGGAAACAAUGGAUUUAGUCCGUCUCCGCAUGUCUCCCUUGAACGCCCCAUUGGAGUACAUCAAUGCGCAAGAUAGGCAUGCUACUCAUGAUGGGCUUGUGGGCCUGGGCCGCUAUCUUGUACACGUUCGAAAAGCCGACGUUCGAUUUCGCCUCACGCGAUUGGACUAGAUUGGCCCAGGCCGCGAUAUCGGCGCAGCCUGGACAAUCGCGCGAGGCGAAAUCGAACGUCGGCUUUUCGAACGUGCGCAAGAUAGCGGCCCUGGUUGCAACAUAAUUCUAUCCUACGCAGAAAACCGUUCGAAGUCUUUCAAUACAUGACCACAAGAAUAAAGGUUGUUACUAAAGUUUGCCGCGACAUGACCGAGCAUCCUCGCUUUUCAGGAUGAUUAAAUGGCGUCGCCUGUUGUUUUAUGAUAAACGACACUUCACAUCUUACGUACUCAUAUUCUAAGGCGAAACGGCGUGUGUGUCUAUAUAUAUAUAUACACGCCAUUCGCCAUAUACACGCCAUUCGACGGAGACGGCAGGGCGCAGACACAACACAGCGCGGCUACAACAGUGCGGAAGGAAAUGCAGCGGGAUUACCCUCGAGCUCGCUUAUCUCGCACAGCACGUGUACGAUCUCUCCUUUUCGAGGCAGCCGUCGCGCACUUCGCAUCGUCUCGCCAAACGCUCUCUCUCUCCGUGGCCUCUUUACGGUAGCAGCGGCUGCACGUGCCGUGGCUGCACGCACCAUCCCGUGCGGCACUGCCCCUCUCCUCCGUCAUAGUGUUUCGUACUUCAAAAUCUGACAAAUUCGCCAACUCUUCUGGACGCUCGUGCGAUUACCCUGUCACCCUGAGCGAUGUCCGGCGUAUACACCAAGAAGUGUCCCGACGAGACGUUCGACGGCUCGGACAACGCACUUCCUGUCGAACUGCAGCGAGUGGCGGAAGCAGAACUGGGCGAGACGCCGGCGAAGAGGAGGGACGCGCUGGCAAAACUCACGCGGCUCCUGGAAGUCGAACCGGACCUGAACGCCAACCGAGACGCCGAAUUCCUUCUCCGGUUUCUGCGGGUCCGAAAGUACAACGUGGAGGCGGCCCUGCAGACCAUCAGGAACUACUACAAAAACCGAGCCGCCACCGAGUCUCUCUACCGCGAGUUCCUGCCCUCCACGGCGCCACCGGCGGCUCGCAAGAUGGUCAUGGUUCUGCCACACAAGGACGUCCACGGGCGGCCAGUGCUGCUCGUGAAACCAGGUUCAUGGAUGCCCGACGAAGUGUCCUACUCGGAUCUACAUAGGGCCGGCUUGUUCUGCUUGGAGCACCUGGCUCGUGACCCAGCUGCCCAGGUCCUGGGAAUAGUGCUACUCAUAGACUAUGGCGGAUUCACGGUGAACAAGCUACUAUACACUAGGAUCGGUCUCAUCAGAAGAGGUCUGGAAUACUUACAGGAUUGCAUGCCUAUACGGUUGAAGGCAGCCCACCAUGUUAGACAGUCGUAUGCUUUCGAUGUGUUCUUCGCUCUCGUCAGGCCGUUCAUCAAAACCAAGCUAGCCGAAAGGUUGCGCCUACAUGGACAAAAUUUCAAAAGGCUACACGAGGAAAUCUCACCCAAGGCAUUGCCCGAAGAAUACGGAGGCCAAGGACCACCACUGGAUCCCGCAGAAUGUUGGAAGGCAGUGGACGCCGACGAGGAUUACAUCGCUGCUUGCAGCCGCUUUGGAUAUGCCACGAUCGACCAGUACGAUGACUUUCCCACCGAACCCGAUCCACCAGUGGAACUCACUUCUUUCGGCCGCCACCGUCCACGCCUCACAAUGUCCGGCGUGUACACCAAGAAAUCCGUCGAUGACGUGCACGACACUUCGGUGGGCGCUCUACCUUUCAAGUUGCAGCGGAUAGCGGAAGAAGAGCUGGGCGAGACACAAGCUAAGAGACAAGAUGCGCUCGAGAAGCUCACGCAGCUCUUGGAAGCGGAAGCGGAGCUCAACGCAAGCAAAGAUCCCAAGUUCCUGCUGCGUUUUCUGCGGGUACGCAAGUACAACGUGGACGGCGCACUUCAAACUAUCCGCAACUACUACAGGAACAGAGCUUCCUGCGUGUCCAUCUUCCGGGACUUUUUGCCGCGAAAGGCGCCACCAGCGGGCCGCAAGCUGAUCAUGGUGAUGCCCGAGAAAGACGUUCGAGGGCGUCCCAUUAUCCUUUGUAAACCAGCUCCAGGUGUAUGGAUGCCGAACGAGCUGCCUUACGCAGACCUUCAGUGCACGUGGCUCAUCUGCAUGGAACACAUAGCGGCCGACCCAGCAGCACAGGUCCUAGGAGUUGUGCUCUUGGUGGACUACGCCGAAUUUACGGCCGACAAAAUCCUAUCGCUGAGCUUCGGCCUCAUCAGGAGAGCCCUGGAAUAUAUCCAGGAUUGCAUGCCGAUGAGAAUGAAGGCAGUGCACAUAGUGAGACAAUCGUACGCGUUCGACAUGUUUUUUGCGCUCAUCAAGCCUUUCAUCAAGGCGAAGCUGGCCGAAAGGUUUCGCUUCCACGGAGACAACUUUGAGAAGCUCCACGAGGAGAUCUCUCCGAAGACUCUGCCAGAGGAGUACGGAGGUCAAGCACCGCCUGUCGACCACGACGCAUUUUGGAGGCGAGUGGACGCAGAGUCCAAGGACUUCGCUGCCGCCAACCGCUUUGGCUACCCCAUGAAAGACGAGGACGACUUGCCGCCUGACAGUGAGGAACUGAAGCAGGAGCUCACGUCGCUGUGAUUGCAGCAUGAACACUCACAAUCACUCAGUGUGCGUGUGCUGUAAGACACAAUAGUUAUGUGCAUCGCAGCAAGCACCACGUUUUACGGCGAAAUAAAAUCAGUCCGACACUAAUCAGCAGCGCUAGUGUGAAACAGCAAGUCAUUACGGACGUUUUUUUUUUUCAUUAAAGCAGAACUGCUGCUGGUAAGACUGAAUGGUCUACGACUUUUGAACACAAGCAAUGAACCUAGUGGUUUGUACCUAACAUGAAGUGUUUUUGCAGCCUCUUUCGGGUUUUUGCUAACCCCAUUCAGGAUAAAAAGCUCUUCUUUCUGCAUCUAAGCAAUUGCACCACUUAAUCUGAGAGCUUCGUACUGCAAGUAAUUUUGUUUGUCCCGAAAGAAAUCGUGGAGGCAAGCUGUGCUCCUUUACAGAAAGAGAUGCACAAUAAAAGCGCAGCAAAACGUACACCACAAAAAUGCGCUGCUUUUUUACAUGG